AUGGAUACUGAAAUUAUCACGUUAGCGGAAAUCUUGGAUUUUUUUAAAGAUGACACAAAUACUGUCAGGAAAGGUGAAUUGAAAUUCAAGUCUGACUUUGUUUUGGACUUAAGAAUCGAUGAAUUGACAGUCAAUGCAAAGGUCAGAGCAACAAUGAAGGACAAAAGCUACAGCGUUUCCUUGACGAUUGAUGGAUCUGGUGGGAUCAAGCAGGCGAUUUGCGAAUGCCCCCGUGGAAAAUGGAUCUGUAGCCAUAUGGCAGCAGCAUCUAUUUAUGUCAAUAAGAAGGGAUUCUCAAAGACAGACCUCCCAAACUCAUGGAUUGCUCGUCCUAAAAAAGCGGCUAAACAGGAGGUGAGAACAAUCUCUGAUUUAUUCCCCCAUCCAAGGCCUGAUUACAAAGCAGCUUCUAGAAAAGUAGAUGAGGCAGAUAAACAAUUUCUCUUUAACCAGCUAAGUAGAUCAGCUGCCUGUCCUUUGCAAUGGAUCAUUGGCCCAGAACCCCCAAGUACAUUAUUGGAUGGGGAAUCUUUAUGUGAACCGGUGCAAAUUUUUCAGCUACUUGGGCUAUUUAAAGAAGACCAAAAUAAGUGUUUUGAAAAGUGUUCAGUCUCAAGGGAGCAAAUUGCUUGGCUAGCUGAGAACACAAAAGACCAGUACAAGUCAAGUUUAUGGGGAAAACACAGGUACCUUCGCCUGACAGGAAGCAGUUUUGGGCUGGUUCUUGCAGCAUAUGAACGACAUGUGUUGAAUGGUAAACCAUAUCCACCAUCUCUAUUCAAAACACUUAAAGGUGAAUAUUCAUUGGCUGGCAAGGACUCGAUAAUGUGGGGACAGAUGCAUGAAGAGAAAGCUCUUCAAGAAUAUAUUAAACUGACAGGUAACACUGUAAAGUCUGUUGGUUUAAUAUUAUUACCUUGUGGUUUUCUUGGGUGUUCCCCAGAUGGAAUAAUAAAUUUAAAGGAUGUUGCAACCAAUGAUGUUGGUGUAUUGGAAAUUAAAUGCCCUUGGAAACAUCGUGACCAUACAGUUGCAGAGAUUAUCAAGGAAGAGGUGGAAAAUAAAAGAUCUACAAGCUUUUACCUUAAACUGGAUGCAACUCUCAAUGAAAGUCACAGUUACUGGCACCAAGUUCAAGGUGAAAUGAUAGCUGCAGAUGCUACCUGGGCACAUUUUGUUGUUUGGACAACAAGGGAAAUAAAAGUUAUUUAUGUUAGCCGUAGCACAUCAUGGGCUGAGACUAACAUUCCAAAGUUAAAAGAUUUUUAUGCUAAUGAAUUUUUACCACAAUGUAUUAACUAGUUUAUGAAAUCUGUUGAUUCAUUUUUUAGCAACAAGAAAUAUGUAUUUAUCAAAAACACCAUUAAUUAUUGCUGAUUGCAAAUUUACCAAAGCAGCACAUGUCUGCACAAGUUUGUUACACCAAGGUCUCAAAUUUGUUGUUAUCAAAUUAAGUAUUUUGUAA